CAAAGUUCCAGAAAUUGUUGUCGCGAAAAUAACAUUGAGAGAAACCUGAAAGAGACCGAGAGAUUCGUUAGUCAGAAAAUCUUCGAGAGCAUCUGCUGGAGACACUGUGCGUCUGAACCAGAAUCUCGGAAUACAGGAUGUAUAGGAGCAUUGUAGCACUUCCACAAUGGAGAGAAACAGUUGGGUGCCCUUGAAUAUAGGUUAUGAAGAGCGUGCUCCCUUAUUCCAAAAAUUCUGUUGGUGAAUCAAGUUGUAGUAGUUGCCCAAUGAUGGUAAACCAGAUGGUUCCAAACCACUAGGAAGAUUUAGAUGUCUGGUUCUAGGCUACAGUCAUUUCUGUCCAGCAAUUUAACUGUUAAACAGUUCAAAGAAAUCCAUGCGCAAGUCCUCAUAAACUGUCUUAACCAGCUUGAGCCUCUCUUGAUUCAUCGAAUCCUUCUAUUCACUCACAACUUCUCUAGGUGUAUUGCACAAUAUGUCAAACAAAUCCUUAAUAAUUUGCAAAAGCAGGAUGCCUUCCCCUGGGGUUGCACAAUUCGGUUUCUUAGCCAACAUGGCCGGUUUAAAGAAGCUUUUUCUCUUUAUGUCCAAAUGAGGAAACUAGGUUUAUGUCCAAGCACUCAUGCCAUAUCAUCAACGCUAAAGGGAUGUGCUAAGAUUGAAGAUAAGGUUGGUGGAAUUUCAAUUCAUGCUCAGGUAUAUAGAUAUGGAUUCUGUGGUUGUGUUUAUGUUCAAACAGCCCUUAUUGAUCUAUAUUCAAAAGUGGGUGAUAUGAAGAUGGCACAGAAGGUUUUUGAUGAUAUUAUUCAGAAAAAUAUAGUUUCAUGGAAUUCAAUUUUAUUUGGGCAUUUGAAAUCGGGAAAUUUGGUGGAGGCUCAUAAGGUAUUUGAUGAGAUUCCGGAGAAGGAUGUUAUAUCUUGGAAUUCAAUUUUGUCAGGGUAUGCAAGAGUAGGAAAAAUGGAUCUAGCAUGCUCCUUCUUUCACCGGAUGCCAGAGAGAAACCUGGUAUCUUGGAAUGCAAUUAUUAGUGGUUUUGUUGAUCGUGGAAACAUUGAAGUUGCAAGAACCUUUUUUGAUACAAUGCCUAAGAGGAAUAAUGUCUCUUGGAUUACAAUGAUAUCUGGAUACUCGAAGGAUGGUGAUGUCAAAUCUGCUCGGGAACUUUUUGAUCGAAUUUAUGAGAAAGAUCAAUUCUCAUAUAAUGCUAUGAUUGCUUGCUACUCACAAAAUAGCCAGCCUAAAGAAGCCCUUAAGGUCUUCAGCCAAAUGAUGCAAACAAAUGCUGAAAUUCAGCCAGAUGAGAUUACUUUUGCGAGUGUUAUAUCUGCCUGUUCACAAUUUGGAGAUAUGAGAUUUGGAAUGUGGAUUGAAUCAUGUGCAAAAAAGCUUGGAAUCAAAACAGAUGAUCACAUGGCUACAGCUUUAAUUGAUUUAUAUAUGAAGUGUGGGAACAUCAAUAGGGCAUAUGAGUUGUUUCAUAGUCUGAGAAAGAAGGAUCUGGUUGCUUAUUCAACAAUGAUCCUGGGAUUUGGUAUAAAUGGAAGGGCUGAUGAUGCUAUUAAUUUGUUCAAAGCAAUGAUAGAUGCCAAAAUUUGUCCAAAUUUGGCCACCUUCACUGGACUGUUAACUGCAUGUAGUCAUGCUGGUUUUGUUGAAGAGGGCUACCGAUGCUUUAACUCCAUGAUGGACAACGGACUUGUUCCUUCAGUUGAUCAUUAUGGAAUCAUGGUUGAUAUGUUAGGCAGGGCAGGAAGAUUAGAAGAAGCAUAUGAGCUAAUAAAGAGCAUGCCAAUGCAACCACAUGCUGGGGUUUGGGGAGCCUUGCUUCUUGCCUGCAAGGUGCAUAACAAUCUUGAGUUUGGAGAGAUUGCAGCUCAGCAUUGCUUUGAAUUGGAGCCUGAUACAAUUGAGUAUUGGACUCUCCUCAGCAAUAUUUAUUCCUCUUUUGGGAAAUGGGAUGAUGUCAUGAAACUAAGAAUGGUUAUGGAAGAGAAGAAGUUGUCUAGGAUGCCAGGGUGUAGUUGGGUGGAAUCAAUUUGACUUCUCUAUAUUGUAGGAUCGGGGAACUGUUGGCUGGACCAUGCACCAAAUCCUUCAAUUAAAAAAAAGUUGGUAUUGUUGUUCCUCUCCCUUUAAAGCGUAAAGGUUUGGGUUGUUCAAGCCUUGGGAUCAAGCAAAAUGUAACGAUCUAAUGGUUAAGGCCUAAAACCACUUAUUUUAAUGCCUAUCCUUGAUGACUUCUGAGCAUACAAUUCUUAUUUUGAAGUGCAUAAUAUUACAUUGAGAACCUUUCUUCUAUGGGACUCAGGGUGUUCUUUCCAUCGCAAAUAGGUUCUUCAUUUUUUUUUGUCUUCAUAGCACAUGCUCUCACUUUUGGUUGCUUCCUUAGUCUUCCCUUGUAAUUUUUUUCCUUUCUUCUUAAGCAUCUCAAUAUGAUCUUUUCACCAAAUAGUUACUUCAAAUUGGAAAAAAUUGUGGAAGAAUGAA